AUGCCAUACCGCUCCCUACCGGAGGGGUGCCAGGGCCUGAUGAGGAGGAAAGAGGCUAGCCGAGCUUCGAUAUUUCUUUCGAGGGAAAUUGUAAAUCUGUCGAAAAGAACCGAACCGACUCAAUUACGCAAGCUAAUCCAUAUAUCCCAACAAAUUAACAACUUCCUCGGAAUGGCUGCGUUAGAAGUACAUAUGGGGUGGAUCAUGGCGCGGCAUAUGCUAUGGAGAACUGAGAUGGCAUCAGCUGGUCGACGCCGGUACCUGACGGAACUGAUCGCCUGGCGCUCUUUACAGGGUACUAAUGACGGCAUGUGGAUGGCGUACUUUCUCCCCGGCAUCCAUAUCUUCCAGUGUUUUCCUCCUGUAAACCGCGAACCGAGUCUUGCUACCAACUGGUUUAUCUGGUGGAUUAACGAAGGCCGAAAACAUGACAUACCGCCUUCCCAAGAUUCGAGUAUCGACGAAAGGCGCGCAAUUGACAAGUGGUUCUUGGACUACCUAGCUUUCCGCGACGAGAAUGGGCCAGACUCAACUGCUGAAAUGCCUAUCUAA